AUGGCGGACGAAACAAGCACACAAGCGAGUUCCUCUUUGCCGCAAGGCUUGGAGGCUCGUAUUGUUACUUCAGAAGACAAGGUUGCCAAAAAAAAGCGAUAUUACGCGGAGAGGGACGCGAGCAAGAUUUAUUUGUUCGAUCAGCACGUGAGAUGGCGAGAGUUGAUGAACGAGUUAGCGCUUAAAUCUGACAAGGAGCUAGCAGCAGUAUUGCUAGACAAUUACAUGUCUCGCAAAAAUCAGCAUUUCAGGUAAAAGACUCAACUAGCAAUAUGAUUUAAUGUUAGUAUAUGUUUCAAAAGUGCUGCGGGUUUUAUUUUUUUGUUGUAUUGGUUGAUAUUCAUACAUUUGUCUUCUUAAAAACAGUGAAGUUGAAACUCAAACGGAAGGUGAGCUGGGAGAGUUGCCAAACAUCGAAGAGCCUCAACAGGUCUUCACAACGACGCCAAGACAUAUUCAUUCGCCAGGUGAGUUACAGAUUAAACAGGAAUAAAAAUAAUAUAAUGCAACAACAUGUAACUCUACAGACUUUCGUUUUUUUCCCGUUUAAAUAAAGCUGCGACUUCGACUCGGAGUUUGGAAAGAGCUGCACAUGGUUUCUCGACACCUAAGCGCCGUCGUUUGUCAAUAGACAAUGUUCCCCUCCCUUCACCAGCAAUGUAAGUUCUUAAAUGAAACAAUUUUAAUUUCUUAUUAUGUAUUCAAUAUUAUAAUAUUUAAUAUUGCAACUAUUAAAAGUGUAUAUUCAAAGAAGUACCAAGAAGACUUUAUAUUGAUGUAAAUGUUAGAGUUGUUUAUAAUUUUAAAAUUUUUUUGUUUCCUGUAACCUUUCUUACAGGCAUCACAGGAAGCUAAGAAAAUGGUUUAUUGUAACUCAGGGAGUCAUAGUGCCCAAUAGUUAUAAUAAAUCAGCACCUUGGUCUCUGUGAAUUUAUGAGAUUAGGGCAUAUUUUUGUUUAUAAUAAAGUGUGUUUACAAUUAAUGGUAAGCCCUGGGCAUGCUCUGCAAGGUAUUUUUAAUUAGCCUUUUCCCAAAAAAAGAUCACAAUGCAUUCUGGAAUUGUUUGGAGGGAUAAAAAUAUAUGGUGACAGGUGUGAUUGAGUGGGUUACAUUAAGCAUUAUUUUUUCCUAAUUUUAAAGGUCUCGAAUAAGCAAUGUAUCGUCAAUAUUGGAGAGGACCAUGACUGCAAGUGAGAGCGAAGACAGUGACGAUUCAGAAGACAUGGAGGAGCUUAACCCACUAAAUAGCUCAUUGUAAGUUCAGACCUUAAAAGAUAUAAAAACAAUUCAAAAGAACGGCUCACAAGUUUUAGGUUUGUGUACAGUAUUUGUCAUGUGAAAUGACUCAACAUGCCAAGUUUAAACCUAUAUACUUUCAUUUAGCUUUUAUACCAUAUUUUGUACUGUAUCAAUCGUCUGUGCUGAAAUGUUAUACUUUCUACAACAAGUAAUAUAAGUAUCGAUCUAAGGAAUUUUUACAAUUGGCAUAUAAUUUGUACUUAGAAUGUAACUGUUCCUUUGUUUUGUCAUUUUAUUAUUGUCAUUUUUUUAUAGGCUCCAAGUUGAUGACCUUGAGAAAACGUCCCUUGAAAGUGAGGUGUAUGAUCUGGAUGUCGAAGGGCAGGAUGAUAUCGGAGAAGACAUAUCAGAGCAAGUGUCUAGCUCCACUAACAAUGAAGAUACCGAAGUGGAAAUCAUACAACCUGCAGAUAUUGCCAAGAAUGAGUACUGUAUUGUAGCAGCAACAAAAUUGAUACGUUUACUCUACAGAGUUCAUGGCGAAAUAUGUAAGCGACCUGGAUGUGACGAACUACUUGAAUUCCAAGAAACAUAUCGUGGCACAUGUCUUGUGGUUACCUGGAAGUGUCAUGCAGGGCAUUUUGGUGGAAGGUGGGCCUCUCAAUCUACUUGUGCUGGUCUUCGGGCAGGGAAUUUGUUGUUGGCAGCAGCAAUUGCUCUUUCUGGUAAUUCAUACACCAAAAUUGGCUUCCUUUUCAAGGUCAUGAAUAUGACAUACAUAUCCAAGAUGUUGUAUAAUCAAUAUCAGAGCUUAUACAUCGCUCCCACUGUUGAGGAAUAUUGGAAAGAAAUGAAAGACGAAGCAUGGAAAGAAAGGGAAGGGAAAGAAAUUAUUCUCAGUUCUGAUGGGCGCAAUGACUCUCCUGGUCAUUGUGCACAAUACCUAACAUAUUCUUUUGCAGAUAUGGAGUCAAAAACCAUAUUAAAUUUGAAUAUUGUGGAAGUUAGAGAAGUCGAGGGGAGAAAAAGCACGAAUAUGGAAAGAGUCGGUUUUGAGAGAGGGCUUGACGAGUUGCUGACUUCAACCAUGAAAAUAGAGGAACUUGUCACAGAUGGUCAUCUGGGAAUCAGUGCAAUGAUGAGUAUGUUACAAUUGAAAUAUUAAUUAAGAAAUAAUUAUGAUUAGAAUGUAUGGUUGAUCACAAAUCUUGUAUCCAUUGUUUUAUGUUUUAGAGCCAAAACAGCCAUUAUGUUGAGACAAAUGUAUCAAUGUGUUUGUAAUAAUCAUGCAAGCUUAUAAAAGACAAAAUACACUUCUUGAUGCUUCAACGACCAUAUUUGGGUUUUUUAUCAGCUUAUGUGAUCAUUGACAUUACAUACAAAAGUAUAUAUAUGUCAUGCUAAUUAAGGCAUUUGACCAGUCACCAGUAUAUUCAACUGUUGAUUAACCCAUUAAGUGCCAGUUCUCUCCCCUUGAGAAGUGAAAUUAUCUGGCAUUAGACAGAGGAAAAUAAUAAAGUAGGGCGCAUCAGGUUGGAAUGCGACUUAAUGGGUUAAUUAAUUAGUUAAAUAUUAUAAAUUGACGUGUUUGACUUAUAAUAUUAACCCAUUUACUGAUAACUAGUACCCUACCAUUGAUCAUUGAUGAGUAUAGAAUACCAAAGAAAUGAACAAUCUCAGCUUAUUGCCAGUUCAUAAUGGGUUCUACAAAUUGUGGUUACCAUUUAGACCAUUACUAACUCUGAAUGUGAUGUGAUAUUCCAAUUUAUUAUCUUCAAAUAUUAUAUUGAUUGUAUAAUUAUUUAGAGAAUUCAGUUAAAUAUAAAGAUAUUGUUCACCAAUGGGAUGUUUGGCAUGGUGGUAAGAACCUUGGAAAGAAAGUUAUUGCA